CUAAUGAGGCUCUUACUGCGGUUGAUGUCGAUGGAGAGUACAUUCUAGUUCUGUGACCUAUUCCCCGACCCCCUAAAGACAUAGACAGACUCUACAGUGCGAGUAAAAAAAACCUAUACACUUUUAAAAUUGGCCAUAGUUUUAUUCUGUAGUAAUAAAGAUAAGAUAUUUUCAUUUGUACUUUUAGAGUAGGCCUAACUCUUUCUGCUUCUUUUGGUGACAUUUUCACUGGAUAAAAAAAGCGGACUACAAAUUAAGCAGCUCAUGAUAUGAAGAUCGUGUCAACAAUUAUUAGUUUCGAACCCUUUUAUGUUUAAAAGUGACCUUUUGUAAAUACACGAAUAAGUUUGUACAACCAAAGUACGGUACUGUAUAAAUACUGCAGAGUAUAGUCCAGUGCAGUACGCAUUUUGAGGUUCCAUAAUACAAUACUCAGCUGUCAUGGAACAGACCUAUGGCUGUAUUUUUGUUCAGUGCUCCGAAUGAACAGAUAGCAACGGUAAGAUGGGGAUGAUUCAGCGCGACCAGUUGUCCGUGGAAAGUCGGGCAAGCAGCGACUCAUCAAGGGUCGAGCUCAAGCGUACGAUCUCGCUCUUUAGCGGCGUAGCCAUCAACAUCGGCAUCAUCAUCGGAUCGGGAAUCUUCGUCUCACCCAAGGGAGUACUGCGAGGCGCUGGCUCCGUGGGGCUCACGCUGGUCCUGUGGGUCGUCUGCGGAGUGUUCUCGCUCCUCGGUGCGCUGUGCUACGCCGAGCUCGGCACGACCUGGCCCUCGUCCGGAGGUGCCUUCGCCUACCUCCGAGCCAUCUACGGGGAUCUGCCGGCCUUCCUUUUCAUAUGGAUUGGCGUAGUGAUGGUUUUGCCGUCGAGUUUCGCAGUGUUGGCGCUGACGUUCGGUAACUACUGCCUACAGCCGCUCUACCCCGAUCCAUUAUGCCCACCUCCCCGGAUCAUGCCUCAACUCUUGGGAACUCUCAUUUUAUUAUUGCUGGGAAUCACCAAUGUAUUGAGUACUCGGCUGUCCACCUUCGUCCAAAACUUUUUUGUGGUCUGCAAAGUGGUUGCACUGCUUAUCAUCAUAGUCGCUGGUAUCGUACAGUUAUUCCAAGGCGAAACCCAGAAUCUUGAGAAUGCCUUCGAAGGAUCGACGUUCUCCGGGCUUGGUAAUGCUCUGUACUCUGGCCUAUUCUCAUACGCUGGGUGGUCCAGUUUGAAUAUUGUGGCGGAAGAGUUGAAGAAUCCAAACAAGAAUCUUCCACGGGCAAUCUACAUCACCGUGUUUUCCGUGACUAUCAUCUACACGCUAGUCAACGUGGCCUACUUCACAGCAAUGACACCGCGGGAACUGUUGGCUUCAAAUGCAGUGGCAGUGACUUUUGGUAGCAAGGUACUGGGUCGGUUUGCCUUGAUCAUGCCGAUCGCUGUAGCCAUGUCCACCUUCGGCUCUGCCAACGGCUUCAUGCUUACCUCCCCCAGAAUAUUUUACGUUGGAGCGAGAGAGCAUCACCUGCCUUCGCUGUUGUCGAUGAUUCACAUCAAACUCUUGACUCCUCUUCCAUCUGUAAUCGUAACGGUUAUCCUGUCGGUUAUUUACACCUAUUCCAACGACAUCUACACUCUGAUCAAUUACCUCAGUUUCGCCACAUGGACGUCGAGUGGGGCCGUUGUGGCUGGUAUGAUCUGGGUCCGUUACAAAGAGCCCGAUAAGCCACGCCCCUUCAAGGUCAACAUUAUCAUCGCCAUCUUGUUCGUGUUGGCAUCCAUCUUCCUCGUCGUCAUAGGGACCAUCGAUUCCCCAAUAGACACCGCUAUUGGAGUCGGUAUCACACUGACAGGGAUACCAGUCUAUUUCCUGCUGGUCUACCCAAAACGUUUGCCAAGAUGGCUCACUAAAAUAGAAGAUGCCGUCACAAGCCGACUACAAAUGCUUCUGCUGGUUGUCAAAGAGGAAAAGAAACAAUAGAAAACCAAAACCAGAGCAGCGAUAUCCCUUUAGGAGCCAACAGUAUGCAUUUGUCAAGCCACGCACCUUAUAUAUUUUGAUUUUACAAGAGAUAGAGUUCUGAUGUUGCAGUACAGUUCAUUGUCAUAAACAGUUACAACUUACAGGAGACAAAUAUAAUGUCACAUAUUCUUCUUAUUACUAAAAAACCUGUUUGUUUCCGUAUAAACAUGUUUUGGCCUAAGCUGUAGAGCCAUAAUUAUCACCAUUUGAUAGCUUUAAAAUGUACAAACUAUCAGCCCAGUGGGAGUUACAUUUUGGCAGACAGAUUGCCAAACCAUCUGACACUGCAGGCAACCCUACCGAGGGACUAUAUGCUAUAUUGGUACCAAAAUUCAGAGAGUGCGCAUUGCUUAAUGGUAAACUGGGUUGGCUCGUCAUAAUUGUUAGAUCAGAUGCAAACCUACCUUAUUUCCAUUGGUCCACGGUGUCAUGUGUGGUUUAGCAGGUACUACAUGACUGAAGCUGGCAAACAGCUGACGGGCUGACAGGAUGGUGAACCACUGACGGGUUUGUGGAUGGACGACAUUAUGAUGCUGACAAACAAAUCUCCUGGAACUGAGAACAUCAAAAAAUAUCUAAAAAGAUGGAUUCACUAACUAGGAUGAUCAGCUAAGGCCCUUUGAAAUAAAUAAUUCAACACUCUAAAAGUAAUGAUGUGUGGCGGUUGGGGGCUUGUAUUUCAAGUUUUAUGCUAUUUGCAACAGAUCUUCAUUUAAAGAACAAAAUCACCACACUGCACUUCAUUAAAAAAUAAAUCGUCACACUGCAAUUCAGUUAAAAAAUAUCAUCACUUUGCAACAUUUGGACAAAGUAUCCUAACUGCCAGCCUUCUACAAAAUGUAUACAUUGUGUAGGACGAGUCUGCUGGGUGCUUGAUUUAUUUCUAUAAUUUGAUAGUUCCAAGCUAGUAUAGACUAUUUCCAUUUCCCUGGCCCUAUCAUCCAUGUAAACUAAAAGUUGUAGAAUUUUUCUGACUCAUGUUUAUCUACUGCACUGGGCCUGGGCAUGUGUCCUUAAAUUUUGCACACUUAAUUGUUCACUAAAUAUAAGCGUACAGUUUACGUACACAAUCUGCACUCCAUGAUCUACAGAGGUAAGAUGGAUUCACAUCAUAAUGGCAUAUUUUAACUUCAGAUAAAUGUAAAUUAUGUCUUAGAUUUAACAAUUUAAAAAAAAUGAAUGUGAAAUGUGUAAUAUUUAAGCUAAAGUAUGUGCAUGUUACUUAAAAAAAAAAAAUUGAUGUCCCUAAACACGGUGCGGUCCCUAAUGUGGCAAACUUUGACUUUUUACUUCUAGCUCUAGUGCCUUGCAAGCCAGUUCCAAGACUAUUGUUUCCAAUCAGAUUUAACAGUAAGUGAAACUUCAUCAAGCUCUACAAUCAUUCUGGUCCAUUAAACCUUGAGUUCACCUUUCACAUUACAAUGUCAAUAGAGAGAGAUUUUACUUUGGUGUGAUUUUCAACUGUACCUU